CUCAGCCUACGAGUCCUACAGACAUAGUAACAUCCGUGCCUGCUGCUACCACCCCACUAUCUGAAUCGACCAGUCCAACCCAUUCAUUGACAUCUGAGCCUAUAGAGACUAUGUCAGCACCUCAGCCAACAAUUCCCACUGACAAAGUAACUUCUGAGACUGUUGGGACAACCCCGGUAUCUGAACCAACUGCUCACACUGACACAUUGACAUCACAACCUGUGGAGACAAUUUCCUCACCUCAGCCUACGAGUCCUACAGAAAUGGUCACGUCCGAAUCAACAAGUCCAACCCAUUCAUUGACAUCUGAGCCUAUAGAGACUACGUCAGCACCUCAGCCAAGCAUUCCCACUGACAAAGUAACUACUGAGACUGUUGGGACGACCUCGGUGUCUGAACCAACUAGUCAGACUGAUACAUUAACAUCACAUCCUGCAGAAACUAUAUCAACACCUGGAACUACAGGUCCCACUGACACAGCAACUUCUGAGCCUGUAGAGACCACAUCAGCACCUCAACCAACUAAUCCCACUGACAAAGUAACUUCUCAGACUGUUGAGACAACCUCGGUAUCUGAACCAACUUCUCACACUGGCACAUUGACAUCACAACAUUCAGAGACCACAUCAGCACCUGGAACUACAGGUCCCACUGACACUGUAACUUCUGAGCCUGUCGAGACCACAUUAGCACCUCAACCAACUAAUCCCACUGACAAAGCAACUUCUGAAACUGUUGACACAACCUCGGUAACUAAACCAACUAAUCCCACUGACAAAGUAACUUCUGAGAAUGUUGAGACAACCUCGGUAUCUGAACCAACUGCUCACACUGACACGUUGACAUCACAACCUACAGAGACCAUUUCCCCACCUCAGCCUACGAGUCCUACAGACAUAGUAACAUCCGUUCCUGCUGCUACCACCCCACUAUCUGAAUCAACCAGUCCAACCCAUUCAUUGACAUCUGAGCCUAUAGAGACUACUUCAGCACCUCAGCCAAGCAUUCCCACUGAUAAAGUAACUACUGAGACUGUUGGGACGACCUCGGUGUCUGAACCAACUAGUCAGACUGAUACAUUAACAUCACAUCCUGCAGAAACUAUAUCAACACCUGGAACUACAGGUCCCACUGACACAGCAACUUCUGAGCCUGUAGAGACCACAUCAGCACCUCAACCAACUAAUCCCACUGACAAAGUAACUUCUCAGACUGUUGAGACAACCUCGGUAUCUGAACCAACUCCUCACACUGGCACAUUGACAUCACAACAUUCAGAGACCACAUCAGCACCUGGAACUACAGGUCCCACUGACACUGUAACUUCUGAGCCUGUCGAGACCACAUUAGCACCUCAACCAACUAAUCCCACUGACAAAGCAACUUCUGAAACUGUUGACACAACCUCGGUAACUAAACCAACUAAUCCCACUGACAAAGUAACUUCUGAGAAUGUUGAGACAACCUCGGUAUCUGAACCAACUGCUCACACUGACACGUUGACAUCACAACCUACAGAGACCAUUUCCCCACCUCAGCCUACGAGUCCUACAGACAUAGUAACAUCCGUGCCUGCUGCUACCACCCCACUAUCUGAAUCAACCAGUCCAACCCAUUCAUUGACAUCUGAGCCUAUAGAGACUACGUCAGCAACUCAGCCAACAAUUCCCACUGACAAAGUAACUUCUGAGACUGUUGGGACAACCCCGGUAUCUGAACCAACUGCUCACACUGACACAUUGACAUCACAACCUGUGGAGACAAUUUCCUCACCUCAGCCUACGAGUCCUACAGACAUAGUAACAUCUGAGCCUGCUGGUACCACCCUACUGUCUGAAUCAUCAAGUCCAACCCAUUCAUUGACAUCUGAGCCUAUAGAGACUACGUUGGCACCUCAGCAAACCAUUCCCACUGUCACAGUAACUUCUGAGACUGUAGAGAAAACCUCUGUAUCUGAACAAACUGCUUACACUGACACAUUGAUAUCGAAACCUGCAGAGACCGUUUCCCCACCUCAGCCUACGAGUCCUACAGAAAUUGUCACGUCUGAAUCAACAAGUCCAACCCAUUCAUUGACAUCUGAGCCUAUAGAGACUACGUCAGCACCACAGCCAACCAUUCCCACUGACACAGUAACUUCUGAGACUGUUGAGACAACCUCGGUAUCUGAACCAACUUCUCCCACUGACACACUGACAUCGCAACCUGCAGAGACCAUUUCCCCACCUCAGCCUACGAGUCCUACAGAAAUGGUCACGUCUCAAUCAACAAGUCCAACCCAUUCAUUGACAUCUGAGCCUAUAGAGACUACGUCAGCACCUCAGCCAAGCAUUCCCACUGACAAAGUAACUUCUGAGACUGUUGGGACAACCUCGGUGUCUGAACCAACUAGUCAGACUGACACAUUAACAUCACAACAUUCAGAGACCACAUCAGCACCUGGAACUACAGGUCCCACUGACACUGUAACUUCUGAGCCUGUCAAGACCACAUCAGCACCUCAACCAACUAAUCCCACCGACAAAGCAACUUCUGAGACUGUGGACACAACCUCGGUAACUAAACCAACUAAUCCCACUGACGAAGCAACUUCUGAGACUGUUGACACAACCUCGGUAACUAAACCAACUAAUCCCACUGACAAAGUAACUUCUGAGAAUGUUGAGACAACCUCGGUAUCUGAACCAACUGCUCACACUGACACGUUGACAUCACAACCUACAGAGACCAUUUCCCCACCUCAGCCUACGAGUCCUACAGACAUAGUAACAUCCGUGCCUGCUGCUACCACCCCACUAUCUGAAUCAACCAGUCCAACCCAUUCAUUGACAUCUGAGCCUAUAGAGACUACGUCAGCACACUACGAGUCCUACAGACAUAGUAACAUCUGA